UGCCCAUAAUACAAAAAGAAAAAUACAAGUUUCCUCCUAUCUUCUUGCCUGGUUUAAUCCCUCUGAUCCAGGUAAGGCUAUGAACGCCAUGGUCGAUUAGAAAUGGUUUAGGCUAACACACCAAAAAAGGACCAAAAAGAAAAGAAAAAGAAAAAGAAAAGAAAAGAAUCCCAAAAGACCAUUUUGACAUUUCGGCGUACAGGAAAACUUUACAAACUCUGUUUCCUGUACGCCUUGUUCUUCAUGAGGGACUCUUUAGCCAUGCAUAAUACCAAAACCAAAAACUUCAUGUCUUUUCUUGUUUUUCUCUGUGUCAUCCUCAAUGCCUUCCAUGGCGCGAAUGCGGACUCGGACUCGUUGAUAUUGGGAUGUGGCUUGGAAAAUAGUGCAAAAGAUGGAGAUGGAAGGAGUUGGGAAUCCGAUUCGAAGUACAUAACCGGAGGGAAUUCUGUUUCCGUUAGAGCUCAAUACCAAGACCCUUCUCUUCUCUCUGAGACUCCUUACAUGACCGCGAGAAUUAUCACCUCAAAGGCAAACUACAAGUUACCUAUGAAGGCCAACAAAAGGUAUUGGCUUAGGCUUCACUUUUACCCUGCAGUUUAUGGCAGCAACAAUGCUGAAGAAGCCUAUUUCAAUGUGAUUGCCAAUGACAUCACUCUCUUCAAAAACUUCAGCGCUUCUCUCACUUGUAAGGCCCUCACACAGGCCUAUAUCAUGAGAGAAUACACCUUAGCGCCGUCCACUUCGGAUUCUUUGUCUCUCACCUUUGAGCCUGUAGCGGGGUUUGCCUUUGUCAAUGGGAUUGAGUUGAUUCUGAUUCCAGACAUGUUCGACACGGUUACGGUGAUCGGAUUCUCCGACCAGACUAUUGAUGCCAAGGCCUCAAAUAUGCAGACCAUGUAUAGGUUGAAUGUUGGUGGGCAGUACAUUUCUCCAACCAAUGACUCUGGUCUAACCAGAACAUGGUAUGAUGAUUUCCCUUAUCUGUAUGGUGCUCAAUCUGGGGUCACAAAUCUAGCUAGUGCAAAUAUUAAGAUUGAUUAUAGAGAUUUGCCUGGAUAUGUAGCUCCUGCUGAUGUUUACAGCACGGCGAGAUCGAUGGGAAACACAAAGGAAAUCAACUUAAACUACAAUCUCACAUGGGUGUUCCAACAAAUUAAUCCGAACUUUAUGUACCUUGUGAGGUUACACUUCUGUGACUUUCACUAUUCCAAACCAAAUGAGAUAGUUUUCAACAUCUAUCUCAACAACCAAACUACCCAGUCUGGAGCAGAUGUGAUUGGUUGGUCAGGAGGAAAGGCUGUUCCGACGUACAAAGACUAUGCCGUGUAUGUCGCUGAUGGGAAAGGCGACGAGGAGCUUUGGUUGGCGAUGCACCCUGCAACGGAGACCAAGCCUGAAUUCUUUGACGCCCUUCUCAAUGGAAUAGAGAUUUUCAAGAUCGAAGCGUCUAAGAACUUGGCGGGACCAAAUCCUCAACCUUCAGAGAUGUUAGUGAAGAAUGAGCAACAACAGAAGACCUUUCAAAGUAAGACGUCGCAUGCCCAAGUGAUCGGUGGAGCUGCAGGAGGAGCUGCAGCCUUUGGGAUAGUGGCUGCAUUGUGCAUUGCCGUGUACCAGAGAAAGAAGCGAUUUUCUGGAACAGAGUCGCACACUUCUAGUUGGCUUCCCAUUUAUGGGAACUCACACACCAGUGGCAGCAAAUCAGCGAUCUCAGGGAAGAGCAAUGCUAGUAGCCACCUCUCUGCUACGGCUCAAGGUCGUUGCCGACGUUUCUCUUUUGCAGAGAUGAAGAAGGCCACUAGGAAUUUUGACGAAUCCAAUGUCAUAGGUGUUGGAGGCUUUGGCAAGGUGUACAAGGGAGUUAUUGAUGCAGGGACUAAAGUAGCCAUCAAGAGAUCAAACCCGUCUUCAGAACAAGGAGUACAUGAAUUCCAAACUGAAAUCGAGAUGCUUUCAGAGUUGAGGCACAAGCAUUUGGUGUCUCUAAUUGGUUUCUGUGAUGAGGAAAAUGAGAUGUGCUUGGUUUACGACUUCAUGGCUCGCGGUACUCUCAGGGAGCAUCUAUACAAGAGCAACAAGCCUCAUGACCUCACAUGGAAGCGCAGGUUGGAGAUUUGCAUUGGAGCGGCAAAGGGUCUUCACUACCUUCAUACAGGAGCAAAAUGGACCAUCAUUCAUAGGGAUGUUAAGACAACAAACAUCCUCUUGGAUGAGCAUUGGGUGGCUAAAGUUUCAGAUUUCGGUCUCUCCAAAACUGGUCCUGAUUUGAGCACUGGCCAUGUUAGUACAGUUGUAAAGGGUAGCUUUGGAUACUUGGAUCCUGAAUACUUCAGAAGACAACAAUUGACUGAAAAAUCCGAUGUCUACUCAUUCGGGGUCGUCCUUUUUGAGGUCUUGUGUGCAAGGCCUGCUCUCAAUCCCAGCUUGCCAAAGGAACAGGUCAGCCUUGCAGAUUGGGCUCUUCACUGCCAAAGGAAAGGAACUCUGGAAGACAUCAUUGAUCCCCAUCUGAAAGGCAAGAUUGACCCUGAAAGUCUGAAGAAGUUUGCAGACACAGCUGAGAAGUGCUUGUCUGACCAUGGAAUUCAUCGUCCCACGUUGAAUGAUAUAUUGUGGAACCUUGAGUUUGCUCUUCAGUUGCAGGAAAACAUGGAAGGCGGCUCGGGCCAUUCUUCUAGACGUGGGGGGAGCAGCUCUGAUGAAGGCAGUCUAAGGGACCAGCAAAACAUGGCCAUGCAUUAUAGCAAGCUAAGCCUUGGAAGUGAAAGUGAGCUGGGAAAUGAGGACUCCAUUAACGAGCAGAGCAAUACAACUGCAAUCUUCUCACAGAUUGUCAAUCAAAAAGGGCGGUAAAGACCACGUUGCUGGUUGUUAGAUUGUUGAGCUACCAGAGAGGGAUUAAUGUUUGAAAGAAAAGCCAUGAGAUUCAAGCAAAUAAAAACCUCCAGAGAUUUCUUUAUAAGCCGAUACUCGUCGUUCAUUGUUUGUACUAUUCCGUUUUGGUUUAUCUUUUUAUUUUCCUUGUUUCUUAUUUAUUAAUCUGUUUUAGCACCAUGUAUUGGACAGGAUACAUAAAUUCAUAGCAAUUUGUAAGCUAUUUGAGUUAAGAGGGAUUAAAAGUUUGUUCUGCCUGGUGUUCUAUAUGACAAAGUUAUAUUCAUGUACGUGUUAUCCU